AUGGAAGUUACUCAACGUCUUCUAGGGCGCCGUGCGCGCGUCGGCUACACUCGCCAUUGCUCCCGCACACUUCGACUUAGCGUGCACGCCGCUGGUAGCACCUAUGGAAACAACUUUCGUGUGACAACCUUUGGCGAGUCUCAUGGAAAGGGGGUUGGCUGUGUUAUCGAUGGUGUGCCGCCACGUCUCCCAAUUACCGAAGAUGAAAUUCAGCUGGAGCUUGAUCGCCGAAAGCCUGGUCAAAGCAUUAUCACAACGCCACGCAAGGAGGAUGACAUUGCGGAGAUCCUUUCGGGCGUGGUAGACGGUAUCACGCUCGGGACCCCAAUUGCGAUUGUGGCCCGCAACAAGGACCAGAAGUCGCAAGACUACUCAGAGAUGGCAGUGGCUUACAGGCCAAGCCAUGCUGAUGCCACCUAUGACUUCAAGUAUGGCAUCCGCGCGGUAGCUGGUGGCGGCCGCAGCUCAGCACGAGAAACGAUUGGCCGGGUUGCCGCAGGCGCCGUGGCUAAGAAGCUUCUUAAGGUCAUCGGUGAUACCGAGAUCCUCGCCUUCGUGUCCAAAGUCCGGGACAUCGAGUCACACGUGGACCUCGCCUCCUUUACCUUGGAGGACGUGGAGUCCAACAUUGUGAGGUGCCCGGACCAGCAGGCGGCCACGAAGAUGAUCGAUGCCAUCAACGAGGUCCGCACCCGGGGUGAGAGCUGCGGAGGGGAGGUGACGUGUGUGGUCCGCCGCUGCCCUAAGGGCCUGGGGUCACCCGUGUUCGAUAAGCUGGAGGCGGAGCUAGCCAAGGCCAUGCUCAGUCUGCCGGCCACAAAGGGGCUACAAUAUGGGUAUCCGCCUUGUGGAUGAGUUCCUAGCCAAGGCCAAGAUCACUCGCUGCUCGUCCUUCCGGGACACUGGAGAGAUGGUUGCCAAGCAGGCUCUCCCCAUGUUCCUGAACGUCAGUGCCAGUGUGGCCAACUGGAGCCCGGAUCAAACCGAGUGUAGUCUGGAGGAGUACCGGGACCUUAAGUACUGCAAUGUGCUGGCAGGGCUGGUGCGGGGGGCCUUGGAGAUGGUAAAUAUGGAUGUGGAGUGUCGCUGGUUGUCUGACAUGCUCAAGGGGGACGACUGCUACGAGCUGCGUGAAAAACUCAAGGAGCACCGAGAUGAGAAGUUUCCGUACAAAGAUGAUGAUUGACGGGUUCUUGCAAGUGUACGACCAUGUGAAAAGUGAGGGAUGCAUCGUUUUCUGUAGGUCUCAUUCUGCACGGGGCCCCCUCUCCACCUAUGUGCUGUCUGCCCAUAUGUAUGUAUGUAUGUCGCAACUCUUGUAGGGAGGGUGAGAUGUGAGGGGAUGU